CCACCACCACCACCACCACCGCCCCUCAGCCACCGUGUCGGACUUGCUUGUCUCCCCGCCCGCUGUCGUUGCUGCAGCCGGCCACCGCGCGGGCGUCACCUCCUCCCCGACUGGGUCCGCCACCGAGCCGCUGAUGGAACCAUCCCCCCCGGCCCCUGCCGAUGAGGCGUCCCCGGCGGCGGUGGCGGUGCCCCACGCCAAGCCGGGUGCCGCCCCCGAUGACCCGGAUGCCGCCCUGGACGAUCAGGAGGUCAUCCGCAAGGCCAUGCUCUCCUUCCUGGAGAUCAAGAAGAACGUCAUCCUCACGGAGCCGGAUGAGGAUGACCGCCCGAACCGGCGCGAGCCCUUUCCCUGCUUCUGCUCCUUCGAUCCGGACCGCGACCCACGCGACGCCGCUUGUGGGUCCAGCUGCCUCAACCGGUCGGUGCAGAUGGAGUGCUGGCCGAAGCUCUGUCCCACCGGGCAAUACUGCCUCAAUCAGCGCCUCUACCGCGGGGAGUACGCCUCGAAGGUGGAAGUCUUCCGCGCGCCGAUGAAGGGCGUCGGUGUGCGGACCCUCUCGAGCCUGGUGCCUGGAGAUCUCAUCAUGGAGUAUGUCGGCGAGGUGGUCUCCAGACAGGCAUUCACCCGGCGCAUGAACACCUAUGCCGUGGAGGGCCGGCGGCACUUUUACUUCAUGUCCCUGAGUUCGGACCGGAUCAUCGACGCUACCCGGCGCGGGUCCCUGUCGCGCUUCAUCAACCACAGCUGCGAGCCGAACUGCAUCAUCGAGAAGUGGGACGUCCACGGGGUCGUUCGCAUCGGGAUCUUUGCCAUCAAGAACAUUGCCCCCGGCGAGGAGCUCACAUUCGACUAUAAGCUGGAGCGCCACGGCCGGGCGCAGGUGUGCCACUGUGGCACGCCCAGCUGCCGCGGGGUCAUCGGUGCCGCCGCCAGCAAGGGCAAGACCGACUCGGCCGACCAGUCGCAGGCCGCCUCCGCGGCCGGGUCGCCGCAACUCCCUGACUCGGCAUCGGCCUACAAUCACCCCCCCUCCAGCGAUCUGGAUCUCCUGGGCGGGGCCGAGUCGCCGGUGGAUCCGGCCGGCCCGGCUGCCGGGGGGGGCGUGCCGCACGCCGCCGGUCGGCGCCCGUCCGACACCGGGCCGGAUGCCGGGCCGGAUCUCGACGCCGUGGACGGGGACUUUGACAAUGACGCCGAUCGCGCGGACAUGUAUGACUUCCCGUUGAAGAAUGAGUCGGACGUUCGGAAGCUCGUGUCGCGCCUGACCCGGGAACUGGACCGCGCGGAGAGCAACGCCGGGCCGGAUUAUGCGCUGGUGGUGGCGGCCCAUCGGACGCUGGCCCGGCUGCGGGCAACCAUCCGCGAGGCUCGCAUGCCGGCCAACACCCUGGGCGGGCCGGCCGCCUCGUCGUCCAUGGUCGGCGCCGGGGGGGCGGCCCUGCUGUCGGCCACCGGGGCCCUGGGACAGGAGGCUGCGCAAGCGCGGUCCCUGUUGCGGGUGUUUUUGGCACGCGGGGGCCUGCCGCCGUUGGCCCGGCUGCUGGAGCACCCGGCCAUUGCCCAGCGCGAGCCGGGGGUGGUGCGCGAUGCGGCCUUCGUCAUCCGGCGGCUGCCGGUGGCUCGACGCACGGCGGCCGUGUCCCAAAUCGAGGCGGCCCUGCUCCGGUGGACGGCGGGGCCCGACCGGCCGGCGGCCGCGGACUUGCGCGAGGUGGAGGCCCUGCUGCGCCAGGCGGCCGAUCUGGUCAACGACUUCACCAGCCCGGUGCCGAGCAUGGACCAUUUGUCGGGAGCCGGUGGCGAGGCGGCCGAGGGCAGCAGCGGGGCCAUGGGCGGGCCGAGCACCCCUCCGCCCCCGGCGGGGGGGCUUUCCUCGCCGGCACUUGCGUCGGUGGUCGGCGGGGGGGCCAUCUCGCCGCUGUUGGCCGGCACGCCGGGCAGCCGCACGCGCGGUGGUGAUUUCUCCGCGGCCGAUGUGUCGGUCCCUGGCGGCCCGGCGUCGGAGCUCCUGCGGCAGGAGCGUGAGCGCGAGCGCGAGCGCGAACGCGAGAGGGAGCGCGAGCGUGAGCUUGGCCGCAACCUCUCGCUCUUCUCCGGCGACAGCUCCUCCAGUCACUUGGAGCUGAGCCCCUCGUUGGGGGGCGACCGUGGGGCGGGCCUGUCGCGGCUGGCGCGCGAGCGCGAGCGCGAGCGCGACCGCAUUCGGGAGCGCGAUCGUGAUCGCGACCGCGACCGUGGCUCCCGGGACUUCUGGGAGCGUGGCCGCUCGGGCGGCGGCUUUCCGCACCACCAUGCGGGUCCUUCGGCCGGGGACCGGGGCUUCUUCGAGCCCCCGCCAGCCGGGGGGCCGGAGCGCCGGGAGUGGGACCGUGACGGCAUGAACUCGGGCCAUGUGCACCCGCACAUGCACCCCUCCCAGCAGCAGUACCACCACCACCAGCAGCAGCAGCAGCAGCAGCACCACCACCACCACCACCACCCAUACUCCCACUCUCAUCAUCAGCCGCAGCAGCAGCCGCAGCAGCCGCAGCAGUAUCCGGCACCGAGGUUGGGCGAUUCUUUCGGCGGCAUGCACGGGUCAGCCCCGGGCCCGGGCUCGAACGAGCCGUACUCCAAGCCCUUUGCCCCGGCGUAUGGUCCGCAUGGCGAUCAGCAUUCGCAGUAUGUGGCCCACUCCGGCGCCUAUCAGGGGCUCUACUCGGCCGGUGCAGCGCCGGCCGGGGCGAGCUCCUACCCCGGGGAGGCCGGUGGCUUUGAGUCGGCCCCCACCGGAACCCCCUACAUCACGUCGGCCCCGUUGCCGGAGUCACCGCCGCCAGCUGGCGACUAUCGUCCGGCCGGUGCCGACGACCAUGACAAGGCGACUCGAGUCUUCCUGCAGAAGGUGUCGCACUAUGUCAUUCGGCUGAUGAGCCGCUGCCGGGAUCGGAUGGACCGCGAGAAGUUCAAGCACCUCGCGCGCAAGAUCACGCACGAGGUCGUCAACAAGGAGAAGUCCAACCGGCGCAAGCGCCUCGAGUGGAAUGAGAGCUGCCAGAAGAAGGUCCGCAAGUUUGUGGUCAGCACGCUGGAGAAGAACCGGGUCAUCAAGCCCGGGGCUUUCCCUUCCAGCUCGCGCCUUCGGCGGAAGGCCGCGGCCGGGAGCCGGGCGCGCCAUGCGGCCGGCGAGUCGUCCUCCGCCGCCGCUUCGUCCGGGCCGGCCUCCUCGUCUCACCGGUCGCCGGAGAGCGUGUCCUUCUCGCCGGCCGACGAGGGGUUCGCCUGGGACCAGUCGCCGUCCAUGGACGGGGAAGAGGAGGGCGCCGCCAGCGGCGGCGGCGGCGGAGUUGGCGGCGAUGACCUGGACCUGUCGCUGGAUGGAGACGCCUUCCGGUCGUCGCCGGCUGCCAGUGCCGACUCCCCACCCCCGGUGGCAAUGUGACUGCGGUGCUGAAACCGGGCAUGCGCGCAUCCCUGUGCUUUGUCCCCUCUCUCUCUCUCUCUCUCUGUUGCCGGCUUCAUGCCUCCUCUCUGUUUCCCUUGUAGAAGACCAUCCAUCAUUCUCCUUGUACGGCAUCUUGCCCUUCCUCUCGCUGCGAAGCGGCCGCUUUUCCCCUCCUGCCCCCUCCUGCGCAUGUGCGUCGGGGGGGGGCAAUAUACUUGCCCUUGUGUCGG